CCAAAAAUCGUCAAUAGGCUCCGAAGCAGAACGGGCCCAAAUCCAAGAUGGCGCCGAUGAUCAGGACGCGGGAACGCUCCAUACAGACAAAACCUCUCACUGGGCAUCAGGGGAACUCACCAAAGCACACCUAACUGAAGCCCUAGAUGCAAUGUCAGACAAAUUAGUGAAAACCUGGCAGACAUCUAUUGAACAACUCAGGAAAGAGGUGCUGGAUAUCGGCAACAGAACAGCACACAUUGAAAACAAACUAAGUGAAUAUGCCACAGCACACAAUGACAUAGCCGACCAUGUAGCAGCCUUGGAACAAAAGGUGACACAAAUAGAGGCACGCAUGGCGGAUGUAGAGGACAGAUCACGGAGAAAUAACCUCAGAUUAAGAGGGGUUUCGGAAACGGCCCUCCCCGGCGACCUACAGGCGUAUGUCAGAGGCCUGAUGAGAGCAUACAUACCUGAAAUAACAGCAGACAUGAUGCUAGUAGAUAGAGUUCAUAGAGUUCCAAAACCGAGGAACCUACCUGAUACAACCCCAAGAGCGCAUUACUUCCACAUCAAAGAGGCAGUGCUCCGCACCAGCAGAAACCGAGCAACACCACACGAAGACUACCCAUCAGUGAAAAUCAUGGCAGAUCUAUCGGCAGCUACCCUCAAGCAUAGAAAAGAAUUCCAAGAGACCACGCAGGAGCUGAGAAAUAAAGGAAUCCGGUACCGAUGGGGAUACCCCACCAAAUUGCUGAUCACCAAAAAUAACGGACUGAAAAUUAUACACACACCAGAAGAAGGACUUAAGCAACUCAAAGAAUGGGGCCUACUAACGGGAUCCCCGAAAAAAGCAGGCCCAGCAGAGCGCCUAACACCUGAAUGGCGCCAAAUAUCCAACAAAUCCACAUAA